AUGCGCCUGCUCCUGGCGUCAUGUAGUGGUGGACUGGUUGGUCUCAGAAGACUCGGAGAAAACUCUAGAAGACUCGGGAACGCGGGGGACGACGGAGAUCUCGUUCGAGGGACAGACGAAGGAGCAGGUCUCGUGAACGGAAGCGAAAGAGUCGCUCCACAUCUCGAGAUCGAAGGAGAAGAUGAACGUCUGACACUCAACACUCAACACUCAACACGAGAUCGAAGGAGAAGAUGA